CACACGCCCCUCUCCUCAGGGCGAGCGGGCCCCGCAGCGCCCACCCGCGGCGAGGCGACGGGCGGGGGGGAUGCCCGGCUCCUCUCCCGCCGCCAGCCCCGCCGAACCUGCCCCGUUCUACCUGCCCCGUCCUCCCGGGCAGCGGAGGAGCGCAGUCCGAGGCGCGGUACCGCCGCGGUCCCCGGCAGGAAGCCAUCCCCCCCCCCCUCCACUACCGGCGCGAAUAGAAUAGCCCAGCCGGCCUCUUCUCCCCGGACACCCCCGCGGGGAAAAUGGACUGGCCCAGUAAUGGCAAAGUAUAAGAAACACCGACGAAAACAGAGAGCCAGAGCAAAAUUUCUACUGGAAAAAAAAGGAGAUGCUGGUAACCCCCAGGGCUCAGGUUGUCCUUCUCCACGGUCAACAGGUGAUCUUCCUCGGAACAUGUUGUCUGUCCCAAGCCAUCUGUCCUCACUCUGGUCAUUAGCCUUGCCCAGUGUAAGAAAUGUGGUAAAACCCUUUACAACAACAGCAUCAUUUUUGUACUGUUGGUGCCAGAACACAGUUGUACAGAGUUUUAAGGUGGUUAAAGACACCAUAUUUCCAUCACAAAUCUACUUAAGGGAGCUAAAUACGUUCAGAGAGCAGCUGGAAAAGUUGGAAACUGAAUUUUCCAGACUACAAGGAAUCCUCCAGAUGAAUGGAAUUGCAGCUUUGUCUCCAGAAAAUCCUCUUUGUCAAAGGUGUAAUAAACCAGUUCUGGGUGCUCCUGUACAAAUGCAGAUGGGCCUGCCACCAUCAGCAUCUGGGUCUUCUGCAACACAGCUGCAGCCUGUAUCUGCACCCCCUCCACCCCCUCCUCCUCCUCCACCACCACCACUGCCGCCACCAAAACUGCCUCCAGCACCUCUCCUCCUCAAACGGGGCAAUGGCUCUAAAGCACUUCUGGCACCGUCACUGAAAAACGAUGGGCCGAUGCAGAUCACUCUCAAAGAUCUACUGAACGUUAAACUGAAGAAGACGAACAGCAACCUGAGAAUGGACAAGGCAGAAUCGCCAGUGAAGACGCGCAGGGCAUUAAUUACAGUCUCGGAUUUACAGAGUGUUAGUCUGAGACCUAAAUCCAAGCCGUCGGCUCACGUUACAAGUUCCUUAAUUACCCCUCCUAAAAAUCAGCUAGAUCUUCGAAAACACCUGAAGAAAGUCAAUAUACAAAGAAGCCCUGGUGGCACUCCACUACACAGUAAAGAAAACAUUGAAUGUGGGUCUGGGUUGACACCAAUCAUGACGCAGGCGCUGCGGCGCAAAUUCCAGAUGGCUCAUCCAAAGAGUCCCUCGCCUGCCCGGUUAACUGCUGCAAACAGCUUUGACGAACAAAAGUAGGUUUAUGGAACAAUGUGUCUUUCGGUUGUGGUCAGGAAGCCACUGUAAUCCCAUUUUUAUCUCACUCAGAUGUAUAUAUUUGUAAGUAAAUCUAAUGCAUAUGAAAACGGGGCAUUACGAAACCCCUUUAGCAGAUUUCUUUUUAAAGGCAGCAUCCUUCUA